AUGGCGGAGGCAGUGGAGCGCACGGACGAGCUGGUGCGCGAGUACCUGCUGUUCCGCGGCUUCACGCACACGCUGCGGCAGCUGGACGCCGAGAUCAAGGCGGACAAGGAGAAGGGCUUCCGGGUGGACAAGAUCGUGGACCAGCUGCAGCAGUUAAUGCAGGUGUACGACCUGGCUGCCUUGCGGGAUUACUGGAGCUACCUGGAGCGCCGGCUCUUCAGCCGCUUGGAGGACAUCUACAGGCCCACCAUCAACAAGCUGAAAACCAGCCUCUUCCGCUUUUACCUCGUCUACACGAUCCAGACCAACAGGAGCGACAAGGCCCAGGAGUUCUUUGCCAAGCAGGCCUCUGAGCUCCAGAACCAGGCCGAGUGGAAGGAUUGGUUUGCCCUGCCUUUCCUGCCCUCCCCGGACACCAACCCCACCUUCGCCACCUACUUCUCACGGCAGUGGGCUGACACCUUCAUCGUGUCCCUGCACAACUUCCUGAGUGCCCUGCUGCAGUGCAUGCCCGUUCCUGUGAUCCUGAGCUUCGAUGCCGAGUGCCAGAGGACCAACCAGGUCCAGGAGGAGAAUGAGCUGCUGCGGCAGAAGCUGUUUGCCCUGCAGGCGGAAGUCCACCGGCUGAAGAAAGAGGAGCAGCCUCCAGAGGAGGAGGUGGCCACUUUGGUCCAGCACAAGCUACCUCCCUACGUCUCCAACAUGGACCGCCUGGGGGACUCGGAGCUAGCCAUGGUGUGCAACCAGAGGACCACCGGCCUCUCCCAGUCACCGCGAGGGGGCUUCCUGUCUUCGCUGCUGCCUCACAGUAAGAAGAGCCCCUCGAGACUGUCACCGGCCCAGGGACCCCCGCAGGCCCAGAGCACCGCCAAGAGGGAGCCUGCAGGCAGCCAGGCAGCCAAAGGGAAGGAUCUGGUAUCUGGGGCCAAAGACGGGAAGGGCCUCUUCAGCGGGCUGGGCGCUGGGGAGGCCAGCUGGCCACAGCCCCGGCAGCGGCGCCUGCAGGACCACAGCAAAGAGCGCAAGGAGCUGUUCUCGACCACCUCUGCCCAGCAGAGCGCAGAGAAGAAGCCAGAUGCUGGUGGCACGGAGGUGGAGCCUAGCCCUGAGCCCCACCCAGAGCUGGCAGAGGCGCCCAUGCGGGGCCCUGAGGGCAGCCGCUCUGAGCAGCCCUUCAUCGUGCUGGGCCAGGAGGAGUACGGGGAGCAUCAUUCUUCCAUCAUGCACUGCAGAGUGGACUGCUCGGGGAGGAGGGUGGCCAGCUUGGACGUGGAUGGGGUCAUCAAAGUUUGGUCCUUCAACCCCAUCAUGCAGACCAAAGCAUCCUCCAUCUCCAAGUCCCCGCUGCUCUCCCUGGAAUGGGCCACCAAGCGGGACAGACUGCUCCUCCUGGGCAGUGCGGUGGGCACUGUCCGCCUCUACGACACGGAAGCCAAGAAGAACCUGUGUGAGAUCAACAUCCACGAAGACAUGCCCAGGAUCCUGUCUCUCUCCUGCAGCCCCAACGGGGCCUCGUUCGUCUGCUCGGCUGCAGCCCCGAGCCCCGCCUCGCACCUGGACGUGCUGUCCCCCGACCUCGGCAGCAGGGGUGGGAACCAGGUCCCGGGCCGACUGCUGCUCUGGGACACCAAGACCAUGAAGCAGCAGCUUCAGUUCUCCCUGGACCCGGAGCCCAUUGCCGUCAACUGUACAGCCUUCAAUCACAACGGGAACCUGCUGGUCACUGGUGCAGCGGACGGAGUCAUCCGGCUGUUUGACAUGCAGCAGCACGAGUGCGCAAUGAGCUGGAAGGCCCACAGCGGGGAGGUGUGCUCCGUGGAGUUCAGCUACGACGAGAACACUGUGUACAGCAUCGGCGAGGACGGCAAGUUCAUUCAGUGGGACAUCCACAAGAGCGGCCUGAAGGUAUCCGAGUCGAGCCUGCCCCCCGAUGCCACAGGCCCCUUCGUGCUGUCCGGGUACAGCGGCUACAAGCAGGUGCAGACCCCCAGGGGCCGGCUCUUCGCCUUCGACUCCGAGGGCCACUACAUGCUGACAUGCUCUGCUACCGGGGGCGUCAUCUACAAGCUCAGCAGGGAGAAGGGCCUGGAGAGCUGCUUGAGCCUGGGUGGCCACCGCGCCCCCGUGGUGACCGUGGACUGGAGCACGGCCAUGGACUGCGGGACCUGCCUCACGGCCUCCAUGGAUGGCAAGGUCAAGCUGACCACUCUGCUGGCCCACAAACUCUGAAGGGCUGCCGGCCAGCACCACGCGUGCACAAGCAGUGUGCCUCAGGUCACUGCUGGACGAGACGAGUGAGGCAGGCUGCUCAUCGGAGGGUGGUACUGCUGUGGGGACAGGCUGCCCGUGGGGUGCGGGACAGACUGGUGGUCCCUGGGCUCUGUGGCCCUCCCCCACCCCCACCGUGGGGUGAUUUCCUGCGAGAGCUCAGGAAGAAAGAAGAAGCCCUGCAGGGCCCGCCGGGGUCCUAAGAGCGCCCCUGUGUUGUGGGGAGUUGUUCCUUUUUCUUAAGAAAAGAUGAUGCCCUCGUGGA